AUGGACGUGGAUACAGCAAGUGAUAAUACGUCUAUCGAUGAUAAGAUAGAUGAUUUUUGUGAAAAUCCAACGAGAGAUGCUUUGACAGAAGGUCUUAUGAGUCUUCUGAAACCUACAGUGGAUCAAUUAGAUGAAAGAAUUCGUGCCACGAGGAUAUGUCAAAUAGAAUUAAAGCAGAGAAUUGAAUCAUUGACAGAAGAAUUACAACGAAUCAGUGAAGUAUUGCAAUGCCCAUUGGAAACUGAUUCUUAUGUUAAAAAGCUAAUUAAUGCUAAACAUAAAAUUACAAUUGUCAGUAACAUUUUACAAAGUACACAAGAGCGAUUAAAUAAAAUUCAUCAAGCAGUGGAGAAGAAUACAGCAAAGAGAAAAGCUUUAUUGGAUCAUAGUUCUUCAUAUGGAAACACCUCUAAUAUUUUAAAUAAAGAAGAACAAGUGGAAACAGAACAAGAAACUAAUAUUUCUAAAGAACAUGAAUGAAUCAUAAUUAUGAUAAAUAUAAGUUAAUUGUGAUAUAUCUUAUUAGUUUGAUAUUUAAUCUAGAAUUUAUUUAAAAAAGAAGAAAUUAUAUAAAAAUUCUU